AUGGAGCCCGAUUCGAUGAUUGAGGACAAGACCAUAGAGUUCAUGUUACCGAAGUGCAUGUUUGGGAACACUUCAGUUAUGGAGGAUCAAAAUGAAGAUGAGUCCCCCAAGAAAAAUACUCUUUGGCAGAUAAGUAAUGGACCAUCAUCUGUGAUCAUCUCCAGAAAGAGGACCUCAGAAGAAAACUAUCAAAAAGAAAAAGACUUGUGUAUUAAAUAUUUUGACCAGUGGUCUGAAUCAGAUCAAGUGGAAUUUGUGGAACACCUUAUUUCACGAAUGUGUCAUUAUCAGCAUGGACAUAGUAACUCUUACCUGAAGCCCAUGUUGCAGCAGGACUUUAUUACUGAUUUACCAGAGCAAGGCUUAGACCACAUAGCAGAAAACAUUCUUUCUUACCUGGAUGCCAGGUCUCUGUGUGCAGCAGAGCUGGUAUGUAAAGAAUGGCAGCGAGUGAUCUCUGAAGGAAUGCUUUGGAAGAAGCUGAUUGAAGGAAUGGUGUGCACUGACCCUCUAUGGAAGGGGCUUUCAGAAAGAAGAGGGUGGGAUCAGUACCUGUUUAAGAACAGACCUACAGAUGGCCCUCCCAAUUCAUUUUAUAGGUCAUUAUACCCAAAGAUUAUCCAGGAUAUGACUAUAGAAUCUAACUGGCAGUGUGGACGACACAACUUGCAGAAGAUUCAGUGCCGCUCUGAAAAUAGUAAAGGUGUCUACUGUUUACAGUAUGAUGAUGAAAAAAUUACCAGUGGCCUACGAGAUAAUUCUAUUAAGAUUUGGGAUAAAACCAGCUUGGAAUGUUUGAAAGUGUUAACAGGACACACUGGCUCUGUCCUUUGUCUCCAGUAUGAUGAACGUGUCAUUGUGACUAGUUCUUCAGACUCUACAGUGAGAGUCUGGGACAUGAACACGGGUGAAGUUCUGAAUACAUUGAUCCACCACAACGAGACCGUACUGCACUUACGCUUCAGCAAUGGACUGAUGGUGACCUGUUCCAAGGACCGCUCCAUCGCUGGGGACAUGGCUUCUGCCACCGAUAUCACUUUACGCUGUGUCCUCGUUGGCCACUGCACUGCUGUCAAUGUAGUAGACUUUGAUGAUAAAUACAUCGUGUCUGCCUCUGGUGACAGAACCAUCAAAGUCUGGAGCACGAGUACCUGUGAAUUUGUUCGUUCUCUGAAUGGGCACAAGCGAGGCAUUGCCUGUCUCCAGUACAGGGAUUGGCUGGUUGUUAGUGGAUCAUCAGAUAAUACCAUAAGGCUAUGGGAUAUCGAAUGUGGUGCCUGUUUAAGAGUCCUAGAGGGACAUGAAGAAUUGGUCCAAUGCAUCCGGUUUGAUAACAAGAGGAUUGUCAGUGGGUCCUAUGAUGGGAAAAUUAAAGUUUGGGACUUGCAAGCUGCUCUGGACCCUCAAGCCCCAGCAAGCACUUUGUGUUUGUGCACUUUGGUGGAACAUUCUGGAUGUGCGUUUUGGCUACAGUUUGAUGAAUUUCAGAUCAUCAGCAGCUCCCACGAUGACACUAUUUUGAUUUGGGAUUUCUUAAAUGUGCCUCCCAGUGCCCAGAACGAGACCUGUUCUCCUUCUAGAACAUACACUUACAUCUCCAGGUAA